AUGGAGAGACGGAGUUUCUUACUGGGAACUUCUGUUGAUGGAGUAUUAGGAGGAUAUGGGCAUGUGAAUGAUGCUGAUAUUAUAGGAAGUGAGGUUUUUCUCAAGACCCUUCUGCAAGAAAGAUUAGUAAACAGAGGAACAAAUCAACAUCUAGUGGCUCUUGAUUGUGGAUCUGGCGUUGGACGGAUCACCAAGAAUCUUCUCAUACGGUACUUUAACGAGGUUGAUCUUGUCGAGCCUGUAGCUCAGUUCCUCGAUGCUGCACGUGAAAAUCUGGCAUCUACGGGCUCAGAAACGCACAAAGCAGCUAACUUUUUCUGUGUACCUCUUCAGUGGUGCAUUGGGCAUCUCACUGACGAUGAUUUUGUUUCUUUCUUUAACCGAGCAAAGGGAUGCCUUAAACCCGGUGGGUUUUUCGUGUUGAAAGAGAAUCUCGCUAAGAAAGGUUUUGUUUUGGAUAAAGAGGAUCGUAGCAUCACCCGAUCGGAUCCCUACUUUAAACAGCUCUUUCGUCGAUGUGGGUUGCAUCUCUUUCAAACGAAGGAUCAGAAGGGUCUUCCGCGAGAGUUAUUUGCUGUUAAAAUGUAUGCUUUAACGGUUGAUACACCACCCAAAGUCCAUAAAACCAAAUCGAAAACACACGGCAACAGGCCCCACAUUAUCAAAUGACAGGCUUUUUGAUUUAAUGACAGAAGCUACCAACGUUAUUGUGAGAUCCGUAGAUCAAGGCUUGGCUGCUUCAAGGAUGGUUCAUAAUUGCGUAGUUUGGUUUCGUUCAGACCUCCUGGCCUCGCCUAGUUUAUGAACCUUCUUGUUCGUUGUCUGAUCAUUUGUCCCGACUUGGAGAUAACUGUACUAGAAUUUAUAUCUCAAGUUAGAGCAUACUCUUCAAAUAGUGAUCUGUAAUCUGAAAUGUAGCCGCUUCAUAUGUAAUAAUUUUGUUUUUGCAGCCAAGGGGGAAAAUAUCUUUUUCUAAAAUAUGUAAAUCUACAUUGAUCA